ACUUUCACAGUUCAGGAAUCAGGACGUCCCACGUAAUGGCGAUGCAUUGUGCUGUCAAAUUUUCGAUCAUCAUCGUUUAAGUUUACAUUUUUCAAUUUUCACUUUAUAGUUCAUGUAUGGUCAUCAUCGCGCAUAAUCGCGUUGAUGAAAGAGAUUGUGGUGGACACUAAAAUCUAUUUAUCUAUUCAUAAUACAAUACACAAUAUGCAUCCCGAUCCGGUAAUUCAUGCUAUAAAAGCUGGUGAUCUAGAAUACCUGAAAACAGUCAUACAAAAUGUAGGAUUUAAUUUUUCACCUACAUGGGAUGGAGGAUAUUCCUUACUCUGCACAGCUCUUUAUAAUCGUCAAGAGAAAGUGGCAUCUUGGCUUAUUAGGAAUGGUUGUAAAAUUCAUCAAAUUAUGGGUAAAUUUGAUGACACUCCGUUGCAUAUAGCUGUGCAAAUCGAUGAUGUUUCCUUGAUUUUGAAGUUAUUGCAUCGAGGGGUUUCAAUCACUGCUAAAAAUAAUCAGGGUCAAACUCCUUUACAUAUCAGCUGUUAUAGAAAAAAUUUUGAAGUAACGCAGUUACUAUUACAAUCUAAUGCCUCUGCUGUAGAUGUAAUUGAUGCUUACUUCAAUACUCCGUUCCACAUUGCUGUAGAAACCAAUGCACAUGAUAUAAUUAAACUUUUAUUAAAGUAUGACAUAAAUGUAAAUGCUCGUACUUUAAAUGCCAAGUUUCUAGGUUUUACACCUUUGCACAUUGCUGUAAAAAAUCGAAACUACGCAGUAGUACAAACUUUAUUGAAUUAUAAUGUUGAUAUAGAUGCAGAAAUUUCGACUGAAUAUUUUAAAGGAUUAGAUGAAAGCAAAAAUCAGAAUAUUUUGUUUAAAAGUUAUACACCUCUACAAUUAGCAAUGGAAUUGAACGAUCAAAAAAUGGCUGACUUGCUCAAAACUGCUCAAACGAAACGUGUUAGAGUGAUAGAAAUUUUUGAUGAAACGUGUAAUCCUUCAAAGAUAAUGAAACAAGAAGAUAUACAUUUUGAUUGUUGCAAUCCUUUUCGAUUAGUUCCAUUAGAUUCAAAGUCAUUGUAUAAUCGUGUUGUUGAUUUUGAAAAUGAAAAUUAUGAAAAUUAUGAAAACUAUGAAAAUUAUAGUAAUCAAAGGUUGAAUGAAGAUAUUUACCUAGUUGUUCAAAGAGAAGAAGAAAAACUUUUAAACAUCUUGAUUUCUUGUAAUGUGGAUAUUAAUAUACAAAAUUGUAAUGGUCAAAGCCCUUUACAUCUAGCAGUAAGUAAUUCCAGCAUGAAGAUUGCCCAGAUUUUGUUAAGAGCCGGUGCAAAAAUUGAUGAAAUGGACAAUUAUGACAAUACUCCCCUUAGUAUUGCUAUAAGAAAUAAAAAGCUGAAUAUGGUGGAAAUGCUCUUAUCUUUUAAUCCAGAUAUUCAUAAUGUUUUCAACAAAGCUGCUGUAAAUUAUGCAAUUAAAAAUUAUGAUCAAGACUUUUCAUUCAUUGUGGAUUCACUUUUGAGAUAUGGUUUUACAGAAGUAGAUUUAACAGACAUAAACUAUGAUCACAUCAUUAAUUUAUCCUUUAAAAAUGACUGCAUGGAAAUAGUUGAGUUGAUAAUUGAAAACAUUAUUGACUCUAAGUCAAUAGAUAUUUACUGCUCAAUAAACUUAGAAGUAAAAUCAAGAAUAUUUAGAUAUUUAGUAUCUCAGAAAAAGAUAAAUCAAAUCAAAUUUUUUUUAAACAAUGGAUAUGACUUGGAAAUUUUUAAACAAUAUAUUCUUGAAAACAAUGAUACAGAAAUGUCAAAUUUAUUACUUGAGAAAAAGGAAGAAAAGAAUGAUUUUCUUACAGAAUUUUUAACCAGUGCCAAAAAAAGUAAUUUAGAUACGAUUCAAAAGCUUCUCAAUUAUGGAGCGAAUAUCAACUGCAUGGAUGAAUUUGGUACUACAGCAUUACAUUUUGCAGCUUGGAAUAAUGAUUUUAAUCUUGUUAGAUAUUUAUUAGAAAAUAAUGCAUCUACUGCAAUAAUACAUCAUAACAAAGUAAGAGUGAAUCAAAUUCAUCCAAAAGAUAAUGAAAAAGAAGAAAUUUAUUGCAAGUAUUUUACAAGUCAAAUUUUUACCACGCCAUUGCAUAUAGCUGUUUUAAAUAAAAAUGAAUUAAUAUUUACUGAGCUUUUAGAAAAUCAUGCCGAUGUUAAUGCUCAAGAUGGAUAUGGUAGAACUGCUCUGCAUAUUGCCUCUGCAAUGAUAUCAACAAAGCAAAAAAAAAUUAUUGAAAUUUUAUUCAAAUAUGGAGCUGAUAUGAACAUUGUAGACACCUUCAAUAGAUUACCAUUCUAUUAUGUUCUUAAUUAUUCAUGCAUGUGCAAUGUUGCUUUUCAAAAUGAAUAUGAGCUAUACAACGAGUGUGAUUGUUAUGAAGAAUCAGAUAAUAAAGAUGUCAUAGCUCUUUACAUUAAACAUAUUGCAGUCAUGAGUCAUUCAAGUCAAAUCAUAGAUCAGCACUUGGGUUUAUUAAAUAGUGAAGAGUUGAAUGAAUUUUUCUUAUCGUGCAUGUGUGAAGUUUCAAGUAUGAAAGCUGAGUUAUAUGGUAAUAUAACAUAUUUAGAUUUUUUGACUAGAAAAUCAAAUGCCUUAGCUGCUUGUGUUGGCAAAGCAGAAGUGUCUGAAAUUUUUGAAUCAAUUGAAAUUGAGAAAGAAUUUCCUUUAUACUUUGAAUUAUUAAAAGAACGUUAUGCCUUAGCAAAAACUAGAAAAAAUUUGCUAGAUUCUGCUGCUCAUUCAUUAAUUAAUUUAACAAAAUUUAAUUUACCAUUAGCUAAUAGAUAUAGUUAA